AUGACUGACCUCGAUCUUUAUAGUGAAAUUGUAGCUGAAGAUGAUGAAAAAAGACUGGAAUAUCUCUGCAGUUUAGAUGUGCCCGAACAUGUACGUUCUCUCCAAUCCCAAUCUUCAUUAUUGGAAGCGGAAGUUGAGGCACUGAAUGCACACGUCAGUCGUCUGGAAAAAGAACGCUUGGUUUUAAUUGCUAAAAAAGAUCAAAUUACAGACAACUUCUUCCGCUUGGGACUUGCUUGUCGCAGAGAGAUAGAGAAGCUAAAGUCACAAAUAAAAUUACUUUGCACGAAAUAUAGGGUUCCGGAGCCAAAAGCUGUUAGCCAAAAGAAUUUGAAUUGUGAUACCCAAAUAAACCCCGAGAAGCAGAAUUACUACACGGAUCUAGUAGCAUAUUUACAUUCUGAUCGUCCACCUAUCAAUAUAUACUCUGGUAACAAUAUGCCGAAUAGGAAUCUUAAUGUUGUUUCAAAGUGCGAUGCAGUUACACAGACUGAACAUGUUAAAAAAUAUAAUUCACAUUCAUCUGGGUCUUCUUUCGGUUCACAGUCAUCACGUUCAGUGUCUUCAAGCUCAUCAUCAUCAUCUACGUCAUCUUCCAGUUCUACUAGUCAGGACCAACCUACGUCUCAAACUGGUUUAAUGAAUAAUGGACUCUCACAUAGCUUUCUAGACCCAUCUGUAGAUGGUAAAUCGUUACUAUCACAUUCACUAUCUGUAGUUGAUGUGGGUGGAAAGAAUCUAGAGAAUUGUGGAUGCCGUGACUCAAUUAAACAUGGAGUGUAUGAGAAAUCCUGUGAACUCAAGCAAAAUAGUGCUUUAUCUGGAAGUUCACGUGUCAAUAAACGGCUAAAUCGCUCUAAUAAGAAAUCCGGAGAUAAAAGUAUACCAGCUUAUAAUGCAGAUAAACAACUUCCUAUUGCUGACGAAUGUAGGCGCAAAUAUACUAAAACAAUUCAUGGGCAGUUCCUUUCUAAAUCUCAUUGCUUUCAUCAAAGGAAACAAAAAGAUGAUGAAGUUGCAAGUAAUCCAGGAAGAAAAACAGACACAUCAUCAGAAAGCAGAAUUUUAUCAAUGCGAGGAGUCAGAAAAUUUUCAUCGCCACUAAACAAUAGUAUAAACAAACACCCUUCUGUUCGAAGUUCUACUUCAAAGGACUUUAGAAUGGUUCAACAUGUUUCUCCUUCCUUACCUAGACUCACUCAAAGUACUGGUCCAGAUUCAUCUUCCAGAGGUCAUGUUCCAAAUCAUCUCCUGAAAGCUGUAGAAGGCGCCAUACGAUUAUCUCGAGAUCACCAUGCAGUUCGCAGACAACAUAAUGCAGCCAAUUCUAUCCACCGUGAUCGAUAUUCAAAACACUUACACCGUAACUAUCAAACUCAUACUGAAAUAUCUCGUUUGGAAAGUGGUGAUUGCUCAAGCGAACCCGAAAAACGAACUAGGGAAGCUAGCUGUACACUGUUCACAAGACGUCUACGUUGUAAAGGUGAUAGUACAAAUAUGAUCGUCGAGUCAACCUCUCGAGAACCGAAUGAUUCAGGUCACAAACCAGAUAAAGAAAGUGAUCAGUUAACUUCUAAUGAGAAUUCUACACCUAAUGCUUUAAUUCCUGAUUCAUCAAACACUGUUGGUGAUAUUCACCUCCUUAGAGAUUAUUCGGCUCAGGAAAUCGUUCAUGACUCUAAUGAACAUGUAACAAACUCUGUCAACCCGUCUGAUCAAUCUUCAAAUCAGUUCUUGUCAAAAAACGCUUCAUUCUCCUCUGUAGAAAACAAAAUUGGCGAAUUAGUUAUUCCAGAAGUUUUGGGACUUACUCCACCUAUUUCUCAUGAUCAGGACUGUGUUGAAGAUAAAACUGCUUCACCUCUCACAAGAAAAAUACCAAUUCACCCAGAAGAUUCAUUUGCCCAUACUAGUAGCAAUAACAGCCGGUCACUCUGUACAAGUUGCCAUUCACAUUCUAGAUCGGACCAUUCUUUAACAGAGUCAGACCACUCUGAAACCUGUGGUGGAGGAAUAGAAAACCAAGAAGAGGGUGAAGUUGCUGAUGACGUAGACGAUGACGAUGACACAGAGGUGUUCAAUUCUUCACCUUAUGCAGCUCAUACACGCAAAAGAUGUUGGUCUCGUCCAUCACCUACCAGUUGUAAAACUCCAAAAAUUUCCUCAGAUUUACAUGUUAUUGAGUCCACAAACGUUUCGAUCUCUGAAAAUUCAAAAAAUAUUUCACCAUACCCAAAUAUUGAACAGCGGAGAUGGAGUAGAUGUUCACAACAUUAUGAAAAAGAUGGUUCCAGGAACUCUAGUUCUGGUUUUAUGGAUUUGACUUUACGAGCAUCUCCCGGAUACGAAGACCAACACCCCUCCAAUCCAAAUACUUCAAGAUUUUCCCAUUCACCAGAAAGUCAUCGGAAUCAUGGGUCACAAUAUCCCUCAUCCAUUUCCAGAUCACCUUCAUUAAGAAAUUCUCGUAAUGAACAGUAUCGUCAUCAUCCUAAUCGGUCAUCUAACUCAGCUUCUAAAUAUCAUCCUUGUCAGCGUCAUUACAAAUCCCCAGAGAGGAGUGCCCGAGAUUUCACCUCUGGAAAGCACAAUAAAUCAUCUGUUUCAUCAAAUCAGCCAAAAAGACGUACUCACCAUUCUCCAGUACCACUAAAUAAUCCUAAUUCAUCUUUCCGCCGAUUUGAACGUGAACGAAUAAAUCUUCACAACAGACGGUUUCGCGCUUUAUCUCCGGUGAUAAAUAGGAAUGCUUAUAGAAGAAUCGGCAUUAA